AUGACUGAUAACUGCUAUUCUCCCUAUUCGGUUCUAUCCGAUAUCAUUCGGGAGCUCGACCCUAAUGCACCACCAGCUGCUCCACCUGACUUGCUAUCGACCGUCUCGUCCGUUUUUCAUCAGCGAUCAGAGAGGCUCCGUCAAGAAGCGCUUGCUCGUAGAGACGCAGAGAUUGAGGCCGGAUACGUUGCUGCCCGAGAAGCACGGAAGAAGGAGAAGCUUGAAGAAGAAUUGGAGGAGGAGGAAGAGAUAUCGGAAGAAGAAUGGGACGAAGACGAAGAUGAUGACGAAAUUCCUUCCAAGGAAGAUAUCGAAGCUUUCAUCGAUGACAUGAUUGAUAAAGAAGAAAAAGGCCCUGGUCUCAGGCGUGCAAUAGGAGAAGCACAAGAGGAUCACAGAAAGCGGGUGGGAACUCUUCAGGACCGCAUCCAGAGGCUUCAACUCUUCAAGUUCGCGCUCGCGCACGAGCAGGGAGAGCCUCCUAAGGGUCAAAAAACCGGUGACAUUGAACAGGUGGAAAUAGAGUGGUUGGAGAGGCUGGUGAAUAAGGGCAAAGUUGAAGGCAUCCAGGCCCUGCCAGUAUGGCCUGGGGUCGGCGAUAACUCAAGCAAUAAGAGUGGCGAAGAUGAGAUGCCUAAGAAAUGGCAAGACUUCUUGAAAGGAUCCGCCAAAAGGAAGAUAAGUAGAUGGUAG